GGACUUUAUAAGUACCAUUACGACCCACAGAACUAUAUAUCACAAUUCACAACACAAAAUUAACGGUUUUUGGACUGUCCAAUUUUCAUGAAAUAGAAAAUUCUGGGGAAAAAAAAUCUCAACUAAUGGUAUUGGAGAACUCUAAAAUAAACUUGUAGUUAAUGUACAUUCACAUUCCAUUCUUCGUCCGUAAAAAUUUCCAAAAUAUAAAAAGGAAAACUGUGAUAUAAAUUAUAACUUGUAGGAUUUACGUGUUCACGAUAUUUAUUGCGAAAUGUAAUUGCAUGUGAUGUUUUUCACUCGAUUUUAAUACGCUACUAGCCAAGAAGAAUAAAACUAACACGUCAUUUUAGUGACUUUGUUAAAAUGUUCUCUUAAAUUUUGGAUAUUACAAAACCAUUAUCAAAAAAAAAAAAAAAUGGAUAGUAACUUCGAAUGACGUCCAAAGAUUUCCUUUGUGAAUUUAGGUCAGAAAUCAAAAUCUGACCAAAAUUUAUUGUGAGCAUUAUGAACUUUUUGAAUAGUAACAAACAAAUCGAACAUAUCUCAAAAUUUUGUUUUGACGUAUUCAAUCGGGAUGUCUAUAAAAAAGUGAGUAAUAGUAUAUUAAGGAGUAUGUAGAAAUUCCAAUAAAAAAUAAACCAUUUCUUCUCUCUCUCUUUCUACAUAACUUUUGUUUCCCUCACAUCUAUUCUACCUUGCAUUCUCCAAACCCUACAUUUCAGUUUCUCUCUAUAUUUACAUAAUCUUCUUAUACUUUCCACAGUAGUUAUGGAUAAUACCAACCGUCUUCGUCGCGGUCGCAGUUUUAGGCAAACCAAGUUCACUAGAUCGCGACAUGACUCCGAAGAAGUGAGUAGCAUCGAAUGGGAGUUUAUCAGUAUGACCGAACAAGAGGAAGAUCUCAUCUCUCGAAUGUACAGACUUGUCGGUGAUAGGUGGGAUUUAAUAGCAGGAAGAGUGGUCGGACGAAAGGCAAAUGAGAUUGAGAGAUUUUGGAUUAUGAGAAACUCUGACUUUUUCUCCCACAAACGACGACACUUUAACAAUUCUCCCUUUUUUUCUUCUCCUCCUUAAUUUCUUUUGUUAUUGACAAGAAAAGCUAAAAUUUGAAAGAAAUCAAACUUUAAAUCGUUUAGUAGAACAUAUCCUGAAUGUUUUUAUUAUUCUCAUCAAAGAGAAAAUUGUUGAAUC